AUGGGACAGUCAAAAGAGGAUUUAAAAUGCAGGAGAGGGAGGGUAGGGAGCGGUUUCCCAGGACUGGGUUAUGCUCCCAAACGUUCGCAGGUUCCAGGACUGACCGCUCACCCCAGAUCUCUCUCACCUUUGCCGGCGGCAGCCAACGGGGUCCCCAGUCAGCUGAGCUACCCUGGCUUAGCCCCUGGCAGAGAAGAAGAGAAAGGCGCCAAUUUAUGUCCCUCUUGCUCUUCCGGGCUUCAGGAAGGAAUCUUCUACACACAUGCACACCCAAACCCGCCACAACCUCCAGAGCCGGGCAGAGUCCGUGACCCUCAGACGACAUGGGCGCGAAAGCGCGCGCCCACCGUGAGCGCCCUGAGCGAGCGCCAGCGAAGCAGGUGGAUUCCACUGCCUCCAGCCGUCCGGCCUUCGCACCCGGAUCAACUCCUGCUCCUGCUCCUGCUCCUGCUCCCGCUCCCGCCUCCUGGUGCUGCAGGACCUCACCCAGCACCAAGAGGAAGGGGCGAAACCGGCGGAAAAUGCCUAGUUCUCUACCUCGGAUCUGGGUCAGUGGCCGGCGCGUGGUCCAGCGCAGAGGACGGAGGACGCACAUGCUGGGUGGUCCUCAGCCGGGAGGAUCGCGAACUCCCCACAGGUCCAGGCGCCAGCGCCCGGGGCCAUGAAGAGCAGGCGUCUCUGAAGGUGUCCAUCCCAUCCACCCAAACUGGCUCAACGCUCUGGGAAGCGCGCUGGCAGGAUUUCAAGGCCAGAGGUUUAAACUGGCGGGUUCCAUCAAUAACAACCACAACAAAAAGACAACCCACGGCGGCCCUGGGGGACGAGGUGCUGGAUGGUUACGUGUUCCCAGCGUGCGCCCCCUGCUCGUAUCCGUACCCUAACCCGGCGCCCACCAAGGGCAGGGGCGCGGCGGGCGGCGGCUGGCAGCACCGCGGCGGGGGCUGCCUUCCCGCCUCCUCCUCCUCUUCCCCCUUCUCGGCGGGCGCGGCCUCGUCGUCCUUCCCGGGCUGCAGGCAGUUGAUGGCCUCCAAGUGCUUCGACAGCUACCAGCGGGCGCAGCUCAUGGCCCUCCUGGAGCAGGUGGGGCCUGGCCUCGGGGGGCACGCCCGCACCCCCAGGGUCUGCAGCUGCGACGUGGCAGUGCAGGUGAGCCCGCGCGUGGACGCUGCGGUGCAGUGCUCGCUGGGGAGGCGCCUGCUGCAGUGCCAGGCCCGCGACCCCCAGUCCCCGGCCGGCCCCUGCGCCCGGGGAACAACCGGCGGCGGCUCUCCCUCCCAGCCAUUGGCCCGCCGGGGCCCCGAGCAGGGCAGACCCCUGAGCGGCGCCCCGAGGCCCCUGCGCUUUCCCAGCACGGUCGCCGUACCCGUGGCCUCGCGCCCCGUCACCGCCUUCCUGAGGGGGCCCGGACCCAGGGCUGCGGCUGGGGAGCAGAGAUCGCAGCCCGUGCGACUUCGAGGCCCAGAGGAGGGAGAGGCGUCGGCGAGCAAAGUGCCCUGACGGCCGCAGUCCGAGGACGACGAGGACGACAGCGAGGCCCCGGCCGCGGUCCGGGCGAGCGGGGAGCUGCCGGCAGACAGCCCCGGGCUGCAGCCACGGAGGCCCAGGAGGGCUCCGCGGUCGGCGCUAAAGAGCCCGGGGCAGUCUCCGCCAGCGGGGAGGGCCCGAGACGGCGACAGGCGGGAGGCGGCCGCUGGAGAGAGGCAGUCGCCACGGAGCCCGGAGCCGUGCAAGGAGAGGCUGCGCUUCCAUUUCUUAGAGCAGAAAUAUGGCUAUUACCACUGCAACAAGGACUGCAACAUCCGAUGGGAGGGUGCUUACGUGUGGUGUGUACAGGGAACUAACAAGGGGAAAUCCCAGAGUUGUAAACAAACUAAAUGUUCCUGCCAAGUAAAAUUUCGCCACGUGGAUCCUAAACGGCCCCAUCGUCAAGAUUUGUGCGGGAGAUGCAAAUGCAAACGCCUGUCCUGUGACACCACUUUCAGCUUCAAAUACAUCAUUUAA